UUUUUUCUGACUUUUUUACAGCUUAUCGGUCGACCGGUGUAGAUUUGUGUGACUUGCUGCAGGACUAAGCUCCAUCAAACCCCCCGCAACCAUGGGUUCGCUGUUCCGCAGCGAAGAGAUGACCCUGUGUCAGCUCUUCCUGCAGAGUGAAGCCGCGUACGCGUGCGUAUCCGAGCUGGGAGAACUCGGGCUGGUGCAGUUCCGGGAUCUCAACCCGGACGUUAAUGCGUUCCAGCGCAAGUUCGUCAACGAGGUGCGCCGGUGCGACGAGAUGGAGCGCAAGUUGCGCUACCUGGAGAAGGAAAUCAAGAAGGACGGCAUCCCGAUGCUGGACACCGGCGAAAGCCCCGAAGCUCCCCAGCCGCGGGAGAUGAUCGACCUGGAGGCCACCUUCGAGAAGCUGGAGAACGAACUGCGCGAGGUGAACCAGAACGCCGAAGCGCUGAAGCGCAACUUCCUGGAGCUGACCGAGCUGAAGCACAUCCUGCGUAAGACUCAGGUCUUCUUCGACGAGCCACAGGCAGCGGUCGCAGGCAAUGUACCUAAUAUCAUGUCACGGAACCGCUAUCUGCAGAUGGCGGAUUCGCACAGGGAAGAGGAACAGGUUAACCUACUCGGUGAGGAGGGCAUUCGAGCUGGUGGUGCCGGGGCACAGGGACAAAACCUAAAACUAGGUUUUGUGGCCGGUGUCAUCCUGCGCGAACGUCUCCCGGCCUUCGAACGUAUGCUGUGGCGUGCCUGCCGUGGUAAUGUGUUCCUUCGCCAGGCCAUGAUCGAGUCACCGCUGGAGGAUCC